CUGAGUUCUUCUUCCUCCUGGUCACUUCUAUCAUUCUCUUCAAGAACGUAUCCAACGGCAUCCCAAAAUCCAGUUCCCCGCAGCCGCGUUUCAUUUGUUCUGGCCAUGUGGUGAUGCGCCAUUCAUUGUCAGCACCAACCACGAUUUAACUCCAGGAACCGCACCAGUAACACGGUUCUUGUCUUCAACGAAAAGCGUGUCAUUCUCUUCAAUCAGCAUAUCCAAACUUACACGCCACGCGCCGAAUAUUCGAUCAAUCCGCCGAAAUCAUUCUGUCAAUCAGCUCACUAUCUGACCAGCACGCGAAAAGCUCAAAGUAGCAAGUGCGCCAACAUCGUCGACGUGUUGAAGAACCAAUCUUGGUCACUUGAUUGUAGGAGGGACUUUCGGCAAAAACGAUCGGCCACUGCCUGGUGGUUGUAGACGGACCAUUUCAGCUAAGGCGCAAACUCAUUUCGAGGCAACGACCAGGGCGAAAGCUGCAGGUGAGUUGGGUGUGGGUGUGGCUGUCGGGCAUUCUUUUGGCGUACAUUUGUGGCAGCACGAACGAGCAAGGACGAAACACUAGCCUCAUCUUCUCCAUUUGCAGGGCAUUUUCGGCGGCGAGUCAGCAGAAGUGCAAGCGUGGCAUUUGCGGCACCGAUCGAAUCGUCUGCGCCCAGACCCUCCGACGGACUCCCUGCAACGCCACACAGACCAAGAUCAAGGCCCUAGUAUCUGCCACAUCACGUGAUGUUGGCUUAUCUGCUAUCUUCACAUGUCUUCAAGAUAUCCGCCCCCAGCCAGAGAUCGCUCUCCACCUCGCUAUGAUCGAAGGCCAUCAGCUACCUACGGCCCCGUAGGCUCAUCCUACCGGGGCCAAGCAGAGUCUGGUCCACCUUCAUCCGAUCGUCCGCCGCCUCGCGGGCCCAAAGCGGACUUUCGAGGUGGUGGCUUUUCUUCCUUCUCUCCUGCCGGUCGUGGACGUGGCGGGUUUUCUGCUCGUACUGGCGACAUCUGGGAUAGGGAACGUGACAGAGAUCGCGAAAGAGACCGAGAGCGGGAUCGUGAUCGAGAUACUCGUCCAGGGCCCCAGUCUUACCGCGGUCGCGACGAUGACAGGCCGGAUUGGUCGCGGCGUGACCGUGACUUUGGCAAUGCUGACCGAGGGAGGGAUCCUCGGCCUUUUAUCGGAAGGGAUCGAUCUGCCUCGCCAAUCCGUGCGCGCAGGGACUCACGCGAAUCUCUUCCCUCUACCUUUGGACGGGCGGCGGAUACACCAUCAUCGUAUUAUGCCCCUGCCGCUCGAGGCGGAAUAGGUCGAGGCAGAGGCAGGGGUGACUGGGACCGAACCAGAGGCAGGACUUCUUUCGUUGGUGAAAGAGAACGAGAUCUGUUUCAUCCACGAAGUGGCUCAAGAGACAGUUGGAGGGAACGUGACCGCGAUUUCGAGCGUGGUCGCCCUCCUGUUGCCGACGUCGAUCGAUACGAGCGACGAGACUUUGACCGCAGCAGAGAGCGAGAUGGCCGAGGACGUGACCGUGAACACGACGUAUGGCCAAGAGAGCCUUCUCCGAUCAAGAGCUCAGUGUCCAAUGCCGGUCCACCUGCUACGACACCCUCAGCUGCCAUCUCUGAUAGAGCAGCGAAAUUGGACAUCGAUGCUGGCAAGAGGUCUAAUGUAUUGACCACUCCCACGACUGCUCUACGUGAUGGCCGACGCGACGGAGAGGAAUCAGACUAUUUUGGCUCAAGAACGGACCUGGCACGUCGUGACCCACCUCCCAGCGCGCAACAACCAGCUGCGACGGGUGGGCUCGACUAUGGUCCACCACCCUCACUUCCACCUGCCAGUGCACUCGCAAUCGAAAAGCCAAUCCCAGGCAAACCACAAGCUGCCAAAAACGAACCCCCUGCAAGCUCACUGACGACCUUCCAGCCCCCUAGCGCUCCGAAAGCUGCAAGGACAGCUUUGGCUGCUAAUAUCGGUCAAGGUGCGAAGACAAUUCAGCAUCACAGUACUUGGCAACGUCCCGAACCUACCUUGCGCUCAGUCCGUCCCCCUCAAACCCCCACAAGCCACAUACCCAGCGAUGUGCACGCGAGAAAGGACGAGCCCUUUGAACAAAAGCCUCCUGCUGCUCCGGCAUCCGACCGUCAGAUGCCCCCAAAUGUACCUUCGGGUCCAAGACUCAGCAACCCGCCGCCUUACAAAGCACGACUUCCCUCAAAUGAGCCUGCGGGUCCUGCUCAGUUGUCCAGCGCACCAAGGGAAUCCUCUAAGCCUGCAGCGUUUGACAACAGAACCUCGGCCAUUCCAACUGGGCCGCGUCUUGACAGAGAAACAUCCAGACCACUGCCAGGCUCAGGCACUGGCUCCAAAAUAUGGCUGUCGCCAGAAUACAAAACAAAGCCAUCGAUCAUGAAUGCCUUGAACAAGCCAUACCACCCGGAUCCACGGGACCGACAAGCAUCAAUCCCGACUGGACCGAGACAGGAUGCGAGCUUUCACAGUCCCACACAAAAGGCACGCUCGCUACAGACAUCUCAUCCUUCCAUCAUUUCCGCACCGUGGGGACCUAGGGCAAUGUCAACAAGUCCUAGGAUCCAAGACUCACGGAUGUCUGUGCCCCAAGUGAAGCAGUCUAUCGAGGAGCCGCUAGCUUCUGAAGACGUGGAAAUGUCGGUCCCUGUCUCGAGUGAGGAUGAAGACGAAGUAGAGGAUGACUCCUUUGAUGAGGACUACUUUGAAGAGUCAGAAGAAAGACACAGAAAAGAAAUGAAACUUCUCGAAGCAAAGAAGCCUCCCCCACUGUUGGAGGAUGCAAGUAUUGUCACCUUGUUGGUGAAGUUGCAAUUUCUCGAGAUGAUUUCGAAGGACAGCGCUCCGAGGCCUGUUUCGCCGAUUCAAGUCGCCAAGGAAGAGCCCUCGACGGUAGCGGCACUUCCAACAGGUCUGCCAUCUCCCGACCGAGGCUCGCAAGAUGUCGAGAACGGAAUGUUGGAGGCGGUUGAAGACGAGGAAGAGAAGCAAAAAUCACCUCAUUUGAGGGGAAGGCCACUCAGACAGCCGCCUGUAAAUCCUAUUCCCACUCCGCCGAUUGAGGACUUGCCGUAUCUCAAGCUAGAGGGUCCAGAAAGAUUAGUGUACGAGGAUUCUGACAACGAAGUCGAAGACGAGGCUGUGGCCACUCUCCUUCAGCAGAAAUUUGAAGGCGAUGCCUGGGAUUGGAGAAGUGAGCUUGAGGACAUGCACGCAGAUUUCCGGCGUUACUAUCCUAUGUGGAGACAGGAGGUGUCAUGGUUGGAACACCAACUGCGCGAGCAACCAGCCAGCCCUGCUCCAGCGUCUCCAGCACCCUCUGCCGCCCCUUCAGUGACGCCGUCCUUGACACACGAACGGACCCGGGGGGCUCGGAAUACCACCGAGGCAGAUUUGCAGGCCGCGAUCUUGAUGUCCCAGCAGUCUCUCAGGGAAGAAGAAGAGAGGAGGGAGCGCGAAGCAGCUUCCAGCUCUUUGCCCAAUUACGAUACCGAAGCUGUUGUGCCUCCAAUGCUGAAGCCUGCCGAUGUCGAGCUCUCCGAAUUCAAGGACACAAAUCGCAGGGUCCCGGAUGAGCUGGCAUUGGAUGUUUUUGCUUUCGUGCCUCCGGAAGACGAUUUCACUAAAGAGGAACAGACCCUAUUCAUCCAAGCAUAUUGCCAAACCCCGAAAAAAUGGGGGAAAAUUGCCGAGUCAAUUCCUGGCAGGACAUAUCAAGAUUGCAUUGUUCAUUACUACUUGACUAAGAACCAGGCACGGUAUAAGGACCUCUGGAGGCGAGCUCAACCAAGGAAGAGGCGAGGAAGGGCUGCUACCAAGCCUCGUUCGACCGCGCUCAUGUCGGAAAUUGAGUACGGUGAGGAGGGCGAAGCAGCGCCUGUAGCUGUCACCGACAGUGGCAGACCAAGGCGAGCUGCGGCGCCUACAUUCGGCGACGCUGCCAGCGAAGCUGAUUCUUCAACACCUGUACCUCAGUCGAAAAAGCUUACCGCCGCCCUGAAGGAUGGAAGUGCAGAAGCCUCUGCGGCUAAACCCCCACGAGGUCGUAAAGCUGGAAUUGCUACGAAAACUCGACGGACAAAAGCCCAGAUCCAGGCGGAUCAACAAGCACUCCUUGCUGCUGCCGAAGCGUCUCCGGACAAACCAGUGGUUGGUGGGAAAGCCGAGAGGGGCCGUACUCUCCUUCGGGCAGAAAACGUGCCCAUCAGGACUGAUGUACCGCCUGUGGAACUGCCUCAGCGUCCCGUCGACCCUCCGUUACCACAAUAUCCCGUGUCGGAUAUGUCACUUGCCGCUCAAGUGGUAACCAAUCCUGCUGCUUCGCAUACCAGCUACUGGUCUGUUCCUGAGCAAAACAAGUUUCCCGAUUUACUAGCGUACUAUGGUCGUGAUUUUGCGGCAAUCGCAGAGUUCAUGAAGACGAAGAGCCAGACAAUGAUUAAGAAUUAUUAUCUACGGCAAAUCAACGAUGGGAAGAAUGAAUUUGAGAAACUUGGUCAAAUGGGUGACGAGGCUCGCAUGGAAGGUCGGACACUUGGUCCACCACCUAGUCCAAUAGCUCUGCAGAAACGCCGUUAUGAGCCGACACCAACGGUACCUUCUAUUGCUCGACAUCCCAUUCAACCUGAGCAGACCCUUAUUGAACCCGAGACGAUGAUCAAGCCAGGAUUGAUAGAAGAAUUCCCUCGCAACACGGUCGAACGAAAUGCCACGGGGGAGAUUGUCUCGAAACCCCGAUUAGUUGUCCGAGAGGCCUUGCGGGAAGGACCCUUGCCUGGAUCGAAUGCCGCAAAGGUUGAGGAGCUGUCCAGGUUAGCGGACGAACGAGCUCCUCUGUAUGGACAAAAGCCCUUGCAUGGUCCUAGGACGGGAAUCUUCCAGGAAGACCACCUUGGGUUCCACGCUUCUCGUCAGAAUGUGCGCAUGCCUCUUGACGAGCGGUCACCUCAAUUACAUCCACAGCGUCCACUCUCUGAAGUUCCGAGAUCUGAAAUCAAUCAUCCGUCCUCGGGGCCGACUCUUGCACAGACCAUCCUCACUCAACGGGAAAGAGAUGCCUUAGCCCAGGUACAAAGUCAAUCCCCGGCAGUACCAAUAGCCAGGGCUCCUCCAUCACAAGUCGACAAGUACAAUCAACAACCUAUCUACCGUGCCACCCAUAGCCGGAAUGGUAGCUUAACUGGUCCCGGGGUGGCCUCAUCGGAACCUCUGCAGGAUCUGGCAGCACUGCGCCGAGUUGAGGCCCAGCGCCCCUUUUACGGUCCGAGUACAACAACUUCCCAAGCACCACCUCCGACGCUUGCUCCUGUGUCUCAGCCAUCUAGGCCUGAAAUUCCUCACCCUGCUCCGGCACUUCCAGUUGAACCUCCAAAGCCACCAGUGAAGAGGUCGAACCUGUUUGGCCUUCUCAACGACGAUCCGGCCGAUCCACCACCCAAACGACCUUCUCUGGACCCGCCCACGCGACAAUCAAUUCUUUCUCCGCAAAUCGCACCGGGUUCGGCAUCUCAACUUAUGUCACAACAAGCUCGGAGCCAGAUCCUUUCGGACGAUGGCGGAAUGGACAGAGCAGGGGGGAGAGGCUUGUAUGGUCCGAAUGGAGGCUUCCAGGCAGGACCUGGCCAGCAACCCCCGGCAGAAUAUCAGGGUGGGUUUUCUGCCACGCCAGCUAAAGAUCCCAAUGAUCCGUGGAUGGCUCGAUUUGACCCAAGGAAUCAAGGUGCUCCUGGAGAGCAGCGUCCACACCAUCACUCCCCUGCUCCUAGCCCUUACUCUGUAGUGCCGCCCACCUCUCAGCCGUCCAACGUCCCUCCACUCAAUUCCAUGCGUGCGGAGACUCCAAGGGGCCUAGAGCGUGGCAGUCUUGAUCAUCGACGAACGUUGCUAGGAGGGGUGGGCCAAAUACCGCAUGCUCCUUCCCCUCCGCCUCAGCAGCAAGGACCAGGUGGCGCCCCACAGUAUCGCUCGGCAUCAGGCUCGUCGCAACAUUCACGAGUGUCGUCCAUUGGUUUUCCUCCAAUUCCCCAAGCGACACAAGCAAACCCGCUCAAUCAGCAACAGGCACCGCAGAGUCAUCCGCCAUCAGCCAGCUCGACGCCUGUCCCUAGCCUGCAUCACCGUGCUCAAUCAUCUCUCGACUUCCAACCUCGGCUCACUAUUCAGCAGCAUAUCGCUCAGCAGAAGCAACAAGAGCAACAGAGGGAGCACGAUAGACAUAUCCAGCGACAACGAGAUAUGGAGUUUGCGCAGCGUGACCAUGAACGCGAACGGGAGCGGGAACACCAACAGCAACACCAGCAACACCAGCAGCAGCAACAACAACAACAACAACAACAACAGCAUCUCCUACGACGAGAUCUAUAUGGCAUCGAGCACCAUCCGCUAUCAGGCGCCACUCGCCAGAAUCAAUUAGGCGCGGCAGCGAACCAAGGUCACUUGGCCUUCGCACAGCGAGAGAUACCCCGGACCUUCACGCCUCCUCAUUCACAUACGCAUGGACAUUCUGCCUAUGGAGGUCCGGGUUCUGUUCCAAUGGGUCACCCGCACAGCUUGCCACAUCAGCAUCAGCACCCGCACCAACACCAACACCAACACCAACACCAACAUCAACAUCAACAUCAACCUCAGCAUCAAGGUGGACCUCCGUCAGGUCAACCACAAGGCGCGGCCCAACAUCCACCGCAUCAGAUGCAUCACGUUCAUCAUCCGCAGCCGCAGCCGUCGCACGUCUUUCAUCCCGCAGCCAGUGCGCAUUUCAGAGGACCGAGCCAGGGCGGGGAACCUCGGCGAGAAGAGAGACGAUGACGACCUUGUUGAGACCUGCUUCGAGUCUCUGGAGUAGGAGCUGAUUCAAGUUCAUCACUGUUUGACCUCCAAUUCAUGUUUGUACUUAUUCAUAAAUGAUUGCAGCCUGCGCUGCUGGGACGGAAUGUUUGCACCGGGAUAUCAGAUCUCUUUGCAUGGAGGGCAACAUUGUGAAGAUGACGGUUUGUGGCCCUGUCGGCUCUCUCAAGAUCUCUGGUAGGGAACGAAAGGGAUGGUAGAUAGUUCCCACAGUGUCGGGAACGGAUGACUCGUGGUAUUCAAAGAUACUACAGUAGUAUCGCAUGUUAAUUGUACAGAGUAAAGCCUUUAUUUUAAUUGUGG